GUGAACAGCGAACAAGUGCUUUUGUGAUUUUUGAAACAGGUGGAAUAAUAAAAAGUAUAAAUGUUUUUAAAUUAUAAAGUUUAUACAAAGUGAUCGUCAUCAUUUUUCGUUCAACAAAUGUGUAGUUUUGCCUAGUCUUGGGGUGUAAAUCAUUUAAAUGCUACUUGCUAUUCGUGACGGAACGCCAAGUUUUAAAAAGUUUCGUUAGAAAAAUGCCUCGCACUUUUGAUGAAGACUCUGGGAGGAGCUCCUGUUCCGCAGCAUCUAUAACUUUGAGCCCCACACCGGACUUUCCUGUUAGGAAUGCUCAAAAUGUAAAAAAGGACUUUUUCAUUUCCACUGAAAAAUUAUCGCAUCUCAAAGUUAGCACUCAGCCGAGGAGCCAUUUGAGUGUUUUGAAAUCACCGGACGAAAGAGAUCCUUUCCCCAGCUGUAGAGUGACUAGACACAAAAGAAAUGCUUUGUUUGAUCUAUUCCACCCAUCCAAAGUGGGAGGCCUGAGUCAUGCACAAUCUACACACAAUAUCAUCUCUAGUACCCAGCUGGAGCCAGCGAUGCAGACAAAUGCAGUUUCACUAUCUGAUAUAAACACUGAUGAUGGGAAAAAUAAGGAAGCAAUCCUGAACAAAAUAUUUAGGCGGGGUAAACCCGUGCAAAGAGCAGCAUCGAGGCUAUACAAGGCUGAAAAUCUAAAGGGUAAGGAAAACUGUACAGGUCCUGAGUUUAUUGUGAGAGCUUCCCAGCCCGUCAAACACCUGGAUCUCACUCUGUCGGCUAUUUGUGAGAAGAGAAUUAUCACUGUAGUACUCUUGAAUGGCCAGAGAACAGAGGUUGUGUGUGAUCCAAACUUUAUCACAGCUGGGCAAAUUUUUGAAGGUCUAGUACAUAGUGAGAAGUAUGAGCACAACUUCAUGCUAGGUAUAGCCAUUCUGAUAGGUGGUGACUUUGUGUUUUUGCCCGAUGAUUACAAAAUCAAAAAAGUUGCCCCAGAUGCCUGGGCUAAACCGAACAACAAAAAGAAAGGUCACGAAGAUAAUGUUUCACUCACAUUGUUUUUGAGAAUAAAAUUUUUCUUGCCCAAAAACAUUGCCAAUAAUAUACAAGGAGGGGAGUGGAGAUACAGAGUAUACCUGCAGCUCAGAAGAGCUACACUAGAAGGACAGAUAAUUUCAACUAUGCAGAAUCUCAUUUUAUUAGCCGGAUAUGCUUUGCAUAUAGAGUUUGGUGAAUUCUCAUACAGAGAACAUGGCACAGCAGAUUACUUUUUAUUGGAACAUUAUUUACCAGAAUUUCUUAUAACAAAUGAGAUGGCUGAUGUAAAAUUGAGAAUGAAAAGAGCACAUGAGUCAAGACGUGGAUUGGAUAAAAAUAAAGCUAUUAUAAACUAUAUAACACUAGCACAAACUUUCCGUGACUAUGGUGCUCAUUUUUAUUCAGCAAUAUGGGCGACAAGAGAUGGAUUUUGCCGAGAGAUUUGGUUGUCUAUUGGUCCAAGGGGUGUAACCCUAUAUUCUAGAAAUAAUCCUACUCCAGAGGAUUCAAAUGUAACCUCCAACCGUAUUGUGUUACAAAGUUUACCAUGGCAUCACAUACACACAUUCUAUUACAACAAAAAGAGCUUAUACAUAAUGCCUAAUGCAUAUUCUGGUUUGUCGAAGAUAGGCAUCAAAUAUAAACUCAAAAUGACUGACAAUAAGAGCUAUUUUACCUUUUGGCUAGCUUCCCUGCAUCAUAGAUUGUAUUUAAAGUUGUAUGCAAAGGAAGACUUCAUAAAUUAUUUAUCAAGUGAAUUGAAUUACCCAUUGAAUAACAGUCCUAAGAAGGUGGAUUGUAGUAACUAUCAAGAUAGCUAUAAUCUUGCAGUAAGAAAUCCAGUUAGAGCUAGAAGACCUGUAAGAAGAAGAUUCAGGAUGGAUCUGUUUGGGGAUAAGAAAAUACAAAACAAGGAAAACGAAAACCCUGACACUGAGGAAUUGUUAAAAAGAAUUCUUUUACCUCAGUUUAAUCCAGACUGCUCCUCCGCCACCAUCAACUCCAACACUCCAAUGAACUCCUCAAACGAGGGUCUGUCCUCCUCUGAGAGCAGUUUGCCCAGGAGACAUGGUGUUAAAAUGGGUACAAGAGUAUUUAACGGCAUGAAGAACACUAUCGAUGGAAGAUAUUCUAGUUCACCUAGAAAAAACUUUCCAAUCAAGUCUGAAAGUGAUCUAGCCACUGCUCACAGUGAUUCAGAUGAGCUGAGCUCCGAGCAAAGGCAGCAUGUGAACAGCAUGGAUUUGCUCCCAGAGAGACCAUACAGUCAAACAAAAUUAUCUUCACCUUCUGCUUAUGUUCUGGAAUCUCCAAAAGCUUAUUCAGAUGCUUUUAAUUAUAAUGAGACAAUAAAUGAGUCUAGCAUAAACACAUCUAUAUUUGAGCGUCUAGACAACAUGGAAUGUAUACAGGGAGAGAGAGUAUUUGUUACAGCUUCACUAGAAAGAGAUAAAAUGAAUGCACUUGGCUUGCAAGUAGCUGAAGGUUCAGAUGGAAAUGUUUACAUUAAAUCCAUCACACCAGGUGGUGCAGCGGACCAGUGCAACAAGCUUCUACCGGGAGAUCAGAUUAUAUCUGUUAAUGGUCAGACACUGCUAAACCUUAAAUAUGAUGUAGCUUUAAACAUGUUGCAGUCAGCUCCAAGCAGAGUGGAAUUAAUUGUUUUACAAAAUACAACUAAAAACUAUACAAACUGCAAUGACAACACAAGUGAGACAUCCACUCAAUCUAAGAUGAAAAGGGCUAGCAUUGCUAGUGCCUUAGAUGUGGAAAUAACAGAUGAUGAGUUGCUUAAUGAGGAAGCACUUAAAACAAUUUAUGCUUUGAUAAAAUUGACGAAAGAAAAAGUAAUAAGCAGAAUGAAAGACAGGUCAAGUCUAACAAGCAGUUCUUUGCAGAAAUGUUAUUCAGAGAAUAAAGUUUACGACGAUUCAAAUAUAAUGCAAGAAAAGAGCUUGCCUCAAAAGAAGAGCCUCAAGUUUAAUACUUGGCGUGGACAGGAAAACGACAGACUAAAACGUCGCCCGCUCAGUUUGAGUAUUCCGACAGACGUACAUUUAUCAGAGAACUAUUUAAACGACGAACGUACCAGCGAACUAUUCAAAAAGUCUUCCCUCAAGUCAUUACAUUCUGAAAUGGAUGGCUUGGAUAAAUCCGAGAGUGAUUCUGUAAAAAAUGUUGCUCUGCCGCGAAAUUUUGGGCUCAGCAGACGAUGGUUAGGGCCUGUGAAGUAUCCUGUGACUCCUUGCAAGAAUACUAGUGGGCUGGAAAGUGCAAUAGAUAACAAUAUUGUAAGGAGACAUUUUAUUUAUGGCACAGGAGACUCCGAUGAAGAACAAAUAUUUUUAUAGUGUAGACACGUCUAAUGUUUUAUUUUUUUAUCAAAUAUUAUAUUUUACUAUAAUUAUCUAAAGUAAGCAAGAAUAGCCUUAGUUCUAUUGACAUAUAUUUUGUGAUAAAUAUAUUUUCUAUCUCAA